UUAUGGUUGGUUGUUAGGAUCUGAUUGUACUUUAACUUGGUCAAAAAGAAUGAAGAUCGCUUUAGAAGCGGCAAAAGGGCUUGCUUUCCUUCAUGGUGCCGAAACACCCGUCAUAUACCGCGACUUCAAGACGGCCAACAUCUUGCUCGAUGAGGACUUCAAUGCAAAGCUGUCGGAUUUCGGACUUGCAAAGGAUGGACCAAUGGUAGACCAAACCCAUGUUUCAACACGAGUGAUGGGAACACAGGGUUACGCUGCUCCUGAAUAUUUGGACUGGCCAUUUAACAGCAAUGAGCGAUGUUUACGGGUUUGGAGUAGUGUUAUUAGAGAUGCUACUUGGGAGAAGAGUAAUGGACAAGGGGGGGCUUAGCCGAGGACAAAACCUGGUCGAUUGGGCUCGACCACUUUUGAACCAUAACAACAAACUUAUUAAGAUCUUAGACCCUAACAUGGAAGGUCAAUACUCACCUAGAAUUGCAAUGAAGGUAGCCCAUUUGGCUUAUUUAUGCCUCAGCGAAAACCCAAAAGGCCGACCUGUGAUGAGCCAAGUUGUCGAAUUUCUCGAGAAACAUCAGGCAGAAGAUGUCAGCCACGACAAAGCUCCCAACAAGUCCCCCCGGACUCCCG